AUGGAGAGCGAGAAUAAACCACAGGCCUUGUCUGGAGGAGACCAGAAAACGCAGGAAGAAAAAUUGGACAUCUCCAUGUCUCGUCUGAGGAUUGUGCUGCUGGGGAAGUCUGGAGAAGAGAAGAGUGAAGUGGGAAAUGCCAUCCUGAGGGAGGAGGUGCUUUCAGUAAAAGAUCAAUGUGAGAGAGCACAAGAACAGAUUGACAGCACCCAGGCUGCUGAACUAAUGGAGAAAAUAGAGCAGAUGGUGAAGGAGAAUAGAGGAGGUUUCCUCAGCUGUGAGAUAUUCCAGGAGCCAGAAUCAGCUGCACUUGGAGGGAUGGAGGGCUCACUGAUGGGGACUCAACAGAAGAUGGAAAAGCAGAAGCCACAGGAAGUGGAAGAGGAGAUGAAUAAAGCAACAGAAAGCUGCUUUUCCCUGGAUAUGUACUGGGAGGCACAGCUGGAGAGGCAGGCUCGAGAGCUGGAGGCCAGGCACAAGACUGAGCUGGAGGAGAAGGACCAGAAGAUCAGACUAUUAGAAGAAUGCAUUAAAGGCACAUCACUGGGUGUUGAGGAUAAAGAUCAGAGCUCUGACUGUGUGAGGAUUGUGCUCGUGGGGAAGACAGGAAGUGGAAAAAGUGCCACAGGAAACACCAUACUGCAGAGGGUGGCGUUCCUGUCUCAGUCCAGUAUGACAUCAGUGACGACCUGCUGUAAGAAAGAAGUAGGGGAAGUUGCUGGCAGGCGUGUUUCUGUAGUUGACACACCGGGUCUCUUUGACACAUCAGUGUCUCAAGAGGUGGUCCAGCAGGAAAUAGCCAAAUGCAUCUCCUAUUUGGCCCCAGGACCUCAUGUGUUUCUCCUGGUGGUACAGAUUGGGAGAAUCACAAAGGAGGAGAAGGACACAUUGCAGCUCAUUCAGAGUACCUUUGGAAAAAAGGCUGAAAUGUUCACCAUAAUCAUGUUCACAAGAGGGGAUGAGCUUAAAAAUGAAUCCAUUGAAAGUUACCUUCAAAGAGGUGACCCUACAAUCCAAAAUCUGAUUCAAGACUGUGGAAAUAGGUUUCAGGUCUUCGAUAAUAAUGACAUGACCAACAUCACCCAAGUCUCUGAGCUGCUGGAUAAGAUAUACAUGAUGGUGCAGAAGAACGGAGGGGGCUGCUACACCAAUGAGAUGUUCCAGGAGGCAGAAAUGACCAUAAGGAAAGAAUGUGAGAGAAUACUGAGAGAGAAUGAGGAGUGGAAAAGAAAGGAAGAGGAAGAGAAGAAGAAGAACAAGUCCUGGGCCUACACCCAGUCUGAACCAAGGGCAGGCCCUGGCAGAGGCAGUGUGCAGAUGAAGGGGGUGCAGAAGGUGGAUGUGGGGACACUGCUGCAGGUCACCCAGGCUCUGAAGGCAGUGCUGGGUCCCUGCUUCGGGCCCUCCGGGGGGCAGGUCCUCUUCACCCGUGACACCGGAGACGUCCUGAUCACCAGGGAUGGCCAACAUAUCCUGAGCUCCCUCCGGCUCGACCAUCCCAUCGCCAGGUAA